CACACACCGCCGUCGCUCCGGAGCGGCUCCGUCUCCUGCGGAGGCACCAGGUCGCGGCGGAAACCCGCGUCCCCGCCGUCUGAGCUCUGACAUGAACGGACCAGCUCUGCUCUGCACACGCACGUCUGCGGAGGAGUUAUUAGGAGACCAUCCCCGGGGCGUCUGUGACCGCUGCGUGUGCGCGCCGAGGCCGGUGGAUUAUUAAAGCCGCUACCUGCUCGGGAUGAACCGGCGCGCGUCCGUAACGACGCAGUUGUGGUGUUGCAGAGACAUGAAGACAUGAAGAAAUGAAGACUCUAGACAUGAGGCGGUGGUGCACUGAAAGCCGAGACACGUUGCUCAGAAAGCGCAUGUAAUUAGAGGGACAGAGAAGGUGCGCCAUAGUCCUGACGCACCUGUGCCUCCUGCAGACGCUCCUCACUGAUGGAGACCCGGCUCUCUCAUCUGCUCUCACAUCACGCUCUGCAGGGAUGCCAAGAACCAGCGUGGAGUCCUUUUUUCUACAAGCCAAGACCAAUCAUUUGCAUUUACCUGAAUUGAAUUUCUUUAUAAAUUAAUUAAAUCAUAAUUAUGAUUUAAUUUCCUGCCACUGCCAGUGCAGCGACCUGAUACCAUUGUGUGCAUUAGAUGUGUCUCAUUGUAAUCCUUCAUCCGGCUCCCUUUUAUUUAAAUAUGUGUUACUUGUGAAGUAAAGCUCGUAGAAUGCUUGAUCUCAAGAUGAAGGAGACGUGUCGUAUCUGUGGACGGGAGCUCUGCGGUAACCAGCGGCGAUGGAUCUUCCACCCGACUGCCAAGCUGAACCUACAGGUGCUGCUGUCUUACGCCCUGGGCCGAGAGCUGGACCGAGACGGCAGGGGAGAGUUCGCCUGCUCCAAGUGCACCUUCAUGCUGGACCGCAUGUAUCGCUUUGACACGGUCAUCGCUCGUGUGGAGGCCCUGUCCAUCGAAAGGUUGCAGCGGCUCUUGCAGGAGAAACACCGGCUGAGGCAGUGCGUCAGUGGCCUCUACAGGAAGACCAACUCAGAGGAGGGUGGUGUAGCUCUGACCGGAACUAACGAAGGCAACGGAGAUGGGAUGGUGGAUAUUUCAGGUCUCACUCAUGCAAAGUACUGUGCCCUGCUGCAGGAGGAUUUGGUGUACUCCAUGUACGAGUCCUGGGCUGACGACAGCCUGGACUGCCACCACCAUCACCACCAUCACUGUUCUGCUGGUCCGGGGUCAGAGGCCACGGCUGUGGGCUCACGCCGCUGUGUGUCUAGCACUCCUAGGAAAUGCCGGGGUUGUUCCUACUGGCGGGUGGCUGAUUCCGACUAUGAAGCUGUCUGUAAGGUGCCCAGGAAGUUAGCGCGGAGCAUUUCCUGUGGGCCAUCAACCAGAUAUUCAGCCAGCGUUAGUGGAGGGAGUGCGACUGGAGGAGCGGGGGACGCCGAGAGGAGAAAUGUGGACGAUUCAGAAGAAGCCCCUUCUUCUCGGACAUUAGUUCCUGGAUCUCAAGAUCGUUCUAGAAUGUCAGACAGCGAUCGGACCCUGGCUGGGCGAGUGAGCUCCAGCCCUUCAGUUGCAUCCCUGGAGACGGGUGAAGAAUACACUCAUCCUGGAACCAUGACAGACGGGCCGCUGAGCCCCGGGGAGGCAAUAGACGACCGCAUGUCAGAUACCCUGUCCGAGGAGCGCAUGGGGACACCACACGACCGAGCCUCAACGGGAUCCAGCCUAUCUCUGGCCCUCUGUUUGCUGCAAAGCUAUGCUGUCUACCGGCCAGUCCGGAGCAUCAAGGGGAGCAAGCUGCCCGUCUUGGUCCAGCGUGGUCCCAGUAAUGGAGGUUCAAGGCUGAGCUUCGCUGAUCCCGUCCUGGGAAUGUCUUAUGGGAGCCCAGAUGGAGAAGGAGAGAACCACAUGCCGACGCUGGAGCUGGAGACCCCUUUGAUCAGGCUGGGCGGAGAUCAGGAUUGGCAUCUGGCUGACGUGGAGGAUUUCCUGGAAGAUUUGUUCAAAGAGUAUCCUCCUCCACGUCCCCAUCAGAGCCUUGUUGAAGAGCAGCAGAGUCAACUCAACCAGUACGAGUGUGCAGCCGGUCAGUGUGUGAGCGAGCUGCAGAAGGCCCAGCUCCAGGUGCAAUCCCUGCAGGCUAAGAUCCACGAAGGCGAGGCCAACAACAUGAAGCUGCAGGAGAAGCUGAACGAGAUGGAGUGUGAGCUGCGUUCACUCCGCCAGGCUGCCCAAGGUCAGGAAAGAACCAUUCAGGGCCUCACUGAGUCCAUCAGCACCAAAGACAGCGAGGCCCAGGAGCUGUACCAGCUGAUCGAAGGGCAAAACAGCACUCUGUGUAAGCUGCAAGAAAUGGCCCAUCGCAACAAGCUUGCUCAAACCAAGGCUUCAGUGGGGGUGGGUGACUCCUUGACUCUGGCCCAGCUGCAGAGCGAGCUGCUGGCAGUGCAGAGCUCCCUGUUCUCUCUGGGUCUGGAGCUGGAGGCCAAUCAGAGGACUCUGAGACAAAGCCAGAGGCAAGGAGACGACCUGUUGAGAUUCAAGGACAGACUCAACUCUGAUCUACAGGAGGCACUGCAGCACAGGGAGGUCACAGAGAAACACAAUCAGGACCUGUGCAUUGCCCUUCAGAAGAUUCGCUCUGAGCUCCAGGCUAAAGAAGCAGCUUUGAAGGAGGGUGAAGCAGAGAAGAAUUCAGCGAUGCAUGAGAAAGACAGGGCCAUUGCACAGCUGAAAUGUUCCCUGCAAGACAAGGAGCAACAGCUGCAGGAGUACCUGGAGAUGCUGGACUCGACAGGAAGCUCCAAACCAAGAGAUGCCUUACUGGAGAAGUUAAGGGAGCGGAUUAAAGAAAGAGACAGAGCUCUUGAGUGCUCCAUUGAUGACAAGUUCCACUGUCUGGAGGAACUUGAGGGUCAGGUGAGGAGACUACAGCUGGCCCUCAGAGAGAAGGAGCGAGACAUGGAGAGACUCCGCUGCAUCGUAUCCAACAACGAGGAGACCAUCACGAGUCUAGAUUCGCUGGAGCGGGGUAAAGAGCAGGAGUUGGAGCAGGCGGCCGAGGCCUACAGGAACAUCCAGUGGUUGAAGCAGCAGAGCGACGACAAGGAGAAAAACACUGUGAGAGAGAAAGAUGCCAUCAUAAACCAGCUACAGGCCGCUCUGCAGGCACGCAGCCAGGAGACGCAGGAUCUGACGGCUGCACUUGUUGCCAGAGUCCAGGCUGGUCCCAACGAAGUGGUAGAGGAACUGAGGGCUCGGAUAGCUCUGAAAGACAAGCUCUUCCAAGAGCUGAUGUCAGACCGCAACUGCCAGACGAAUGAGCAUCAAGCACAGGUCCAAGAUCUGCUCAACACUCUCAGCACCAAAGACCAGUACCUGCAGGACUACUCCUACAGGCUAUCCUUAGUAAUCAGUGAGCGGACAGGCCAGCUGCAGGAGCUCCGCAGACAGCUGACACAAAAGGAACAAGAUCUGUGCGAGCUGAGACGGGACAAGGAGAGCGAGUUGGGAGGCGAGAAGCAGCGUCUGCAGAGUCUGCUCAAAGAGAAGGAGGCUUUUAUCAAGGAGCUGAUUCAAGCGCAGGAAGAAGCUGCACAGCCGUUUGCAAAGGAAAGCGAGGCAGAGAUUAAGGCUCUGAAAGAGGAGUUGCAGCUGGUGCUCAAGAAGGAGAUGGAUGCUCAGAAGGAAAUCUCAGCUCUGCAUUUGUCUCUGGCUCACCAGUAUUCGGAGGAAGGCGUCACAAAAGACAGCACCGAUCACCUAUGUGUGCUGGAGCAGCUGGUGUCUGAGUACAACGAGCUGAACGAUGCCCUGAGGGCAGAGAAGAGACUGUACCAGAACCUGCAGCAUCUUCACAGCAAUGACGGCAGCAGAAGCUCAAAAAAUAUUCAGGGCCUCCACACUGAGCUAGAUUCUGUGCAGGCGCUCCGUGGACAGCUGGAGGAGGUCCUGUCCAGGACACGCAGCAUGGCCCUGGCGCUGGAAAGGGAAGCUAAAAGGCAGCCUGACUUUGGAGAGCUCAGCACAGAAGAGGAAGGAGAUGAUGAAGAAGGCAGCAGUGAUGAGUUCACAGACAGCAUCGAGGAGGAUGAUAAUAAUCCUGCUGGGAGACUUGUUAACCCUGUUCAGGAUUAUGUGAAAGCUCAAGGAGAUGAAUGUGGGACUGGAGGUGCAGUAUUUGAGAGAGUCACCCAGAAAGCUGAAAUAGAUCAGCUUGAAGAAGCAAAGAGAGAGCUAGAAGGUGAACUUGAAGAGAUACGCUCACAACUGGAAAGUGAUGGAUACACCUCUAUGGCUGAGAUGAGGAGUGCCCUGGAGAUGUUGCAGCAAGAGAACCAGAUAUUGAAAGAAAACCUGGGAAGAUCUGGAGCAUUGGGGCUGAGGACAAAUACAGAGCAGACUCUGAACCAAGAGGAGGAGGAGGAGGAAGAGGAAGAGGAAGAGGAAGAGGAGGAGGAGGGCAGUGAGGGAGAGGAUGAAGAUUGUGAAAACUUUCCAGUGUUGUCGGGGAAGCGAGGUCCUCCUUCAGUUGGUUUGAGCGACGAGCCGGGGAAGAGGCACUGCAUGAGACCGCACUCCCUGGACCUGACAUCCCACCAAACUCAGACGUUUCAGGGUAAGGGUCUGGCUGGUGGCAGCACUCAGGUGGCAGAGCUCUGGCAGGAUAUAGAGGAGGGUCUCCAAAAGCAGACAGUCCGCCUGCGCUCCGACCUGGCUCAGAGCCACCAAGACAACAGGGAGCUCCAGGAGAGGCUGAUGGUGUCUGAAGCCACCGUUCAGGCUCAGGCGGAGCAGCUGAAGGACUACAGAGAUCUGCUCACAGAGACAUCGGUCCAGCAGGCCAGUAAGCAGGUGCAGGUGGACCUGCAGGACCUGGGUUAUGAGACCUGCGGCCGGAGCGAGAAUGAGGCCGAGAGAGAAGACACCAGCAGCCCAGAGUUUGAUGACCUGGAGAUGUGUACAUCGCUGUCCCAUCAUGACUGUGAAGGCGUGAGCACAAGCUGGUACACUCAAGACUGCAGCAGCAGCAGAGAUGCCUUUAAAAUGGGGGAUGAGUCAGCUUCUCUCCAGCACCUCGUUCAGGAUCUGCGCUCACAGUUAUCCCACUCCCACAAAGUGAUCCGUGGACUCCAGCUGCGAGUCCGCUCCCUGUCUAACACCAGCGACUAUGCCUCCAGCCUGGAGCGCACUCCGCGCAAGGUUAACUGGGCGCUUGAGACAUCAUCAACCCCCAGCGGUAUGGAAGAGGAUGAAGGCUGGAUGUCUGACACCCAGAGAAAUGGCUCCGGCUCCAGGCCCAGCAGGGAGCUGCAACAGCUGAUGGAUCGAGUUGCAUCGCUGGAGGCUCAGCUGAAGAGCACCAGGGUGGAGAGCAAAGGCCAAGCAGAAGAAGGGAAAUGUGCCACCUGGCCUGGGAAGUACAACUCUCUGAUCCAGGCACAAGCUCGCGAGCUAUCCCACCUGAGGCAGAGGAUGAGAGAGGGACAGGGAGUCGGCCACAUCCUGACCCAACACCUGGGAGAUACUACCAAGGCUUUUGAAGAGCUCCUGCGGGCCAACGAUAUUGAUUACUACAUGGGUCAGAGCUUUAGAGAGCAGCUGGCUCAGAGCUCUGCUCUGGCACAAAGAGUUAUCAUCAAGAUCAGUGGACGAGAGCGUGCAGAGAGCCAUGAUGACAAGACAGGCCAUGAGCUGCUCGCCUUAAGGCUGAGCAAGGAGCUGCAGCAGAAAGAUAAACUCAUCGAGUCGCUCCACACCAAGCUGCAUCAACGCAACGACACCCCGUCCAGCUGCCACGCCCUCUCUGAGACCACCGACCAGUCGGACAGGACCUCCUUGGUGUCUGACGAGUACCAGACCCACGAGGACUUGGAGCUGUGCUCGGACAUCGACUCCAGGGAAUAUCAGGAAGAGCACCGGCUGCAGCAACAGGAACUCGCAUCAGGACCAAAUGUCCGCCCAUCUCUUCAUCCCCCUCCCUGUCCUCAUGGUCCCCUCAAGACCUCCAGCAGCUGUCCCAACAUGCUUUACUCAGCUCCUCUUGGUAUGACCAGUGGAUUAGCUGGAGCCCUUUUCAGUGCCCCUGCCUCUUCCUCCCCCUCUGUCCUCUCUGGCCCUAAUGUCUGGGGUUAUGAAGUCCCUUCUGACCCCCGGCCCAGGGCCCUGUCUGUGAUCGCUGUUCGCCCCGAGCUGGACACGCUGUACAAACAGAUGAGUGAGCAGCGCAGGGGACUUGCAUUCCCCCAUGAGAAGACGCUGCUCAGUCUUUCGCCAGGAGUCCACAGCCAGCACGACAACUACACCCAGCUAUCCCAUCAUGCAUUUCAGCAGUACCAGCUGGGAGGCAUCCCAGGGGGUCACUCACUGCCGUCUGACUUUGGUCUAGCGGCGGGGAGACCUCUGUGGGAUGUGGAACACUUUGGUCAUCCAGUUGGAGGCUGUUCUGGUAACCAGCCAGGAAGCGGCGAAGCAGGUGUAAAUUUGAUAGAGGAGCACCUGCGGGAGGUGAGGUGUCUCCGUCAGCGUUUGGAGGAGUCUAUCAGGACAAAUGAGGGACUCCGACAGCAGCUGGAGGAGAAGCUGGCCUCUGUUGGGCGUGAUGGAGGAGCACCAACAAAUAUUUAUAUUCAAGGAUUGGACACAGUCACUCAACUGUCCAAUGAAAUAAGGGUCCUGAAAGAGGAAAAUAUCACUCUACAGUCACGCCUUCAGGCCAGCACAGACACAAGUGAGGAGGUGGUGCGGUUGCAGGAGGCCGUGUUCACCGCACGCGCCCGUCUGAAACAAGCAGAGCUGGAGGCCGAGCAGUGGAAGGAGGAGCUCAGACGGCUGCAGGCCCACAGUCAGGAGCAGGGCCAGCAGAUUCACACCUUACGGCAGGAACGACAGACCGGCCAGGAGAAAACUAACAGGCUACAGCACGAGGUGUCUCUGCUGCAGCAGCAGCUGUGUGAGAGCAGGGAGCUCAUCCACUCCCUGCAGAGCGAGCUUCAUGUUUAUGAUCGAAUGUGCUCGGGCACAAAUGCUAAAAAAGGUUACCUGUGUGAGGUUGGAGGUCUUCCAGUGGAGCUGGGGGAGCUGCUUGGGGAGCUCCGAAGUCUGCGGGCCCAGCUGCAGAGCAACGUGCAGGAGAACAGUGCCCUCAAACAGCUUGAGCUCCACAAGCAGCUGGAACAGAAGUUAGGGUCUCCCCGGACUCCGUCUCUCUCUGCUCUCACUGCCAGCCCUCAGAGAGAAAACUUCUACAGACGACAGCUGCUUCAUGACCCUGCUCCGUCUCCACCGGUCAGGGACAUUGGUCUGUUUAACUGUGGAUCUCCUGGUCCCCCCUACUCAGACCUGGACGACAGCCAUAGCACAACCAAUGCAGAUCCUCUUGAUCCGCACUCUGAGUUGGAGGGGGAGGCACCUGACGGAUCAUUCGCCAACCGUAACGGUCGCCACGCUAUCGGUCACGUGGACGACUUCAGCGCCCUGCAACAGCAAGUCCUAGAGGGCCGGAGUCUUGUCCAGCGGAUGGAGGCGACCCUGCAGGCCUGCCUCAGCCCGCCGCUGCUGGAGGGCAACCACAGAGAGAACACUAAGCUGAUUCUGGACUACGGCUGUGUAAAGGGUCUUCUGUCCAACACGAAGACACUAAGGCAGAUCUUAGAGGAGGCGAUGUCACUGCUCAAGAUGUUCUGGAGAGCAGCUCUCCCCAGCACGGAUUCUUCCGCUCAAAAUCUAAAGAAGGAGCAGUGCAUGCAGGAGGAGAUCUUGUCUCUGAAGCUGCGCAUGUCAGAGCAGGACGAGGUUCUUAAAGGGACGAUACAAAGACUGAGAAGCACCAGCCGCACUAAAGAGAGCAUGGAGCACUUCAUAGUCAACCAGUUAUCAAGGACCCGUGACGUACUGAAAAAAGCGAGGACAAAUUUAGAGAAGAAUGAGCGGAGACUUUCAUCUCUAAGCUCUUCCUCUUCUUCUCCUCCUUGUGCUGGUAAUCGUCUGACGUCUUGUGGUCUGGUGAAACAGCUGAAGACCCACGAGGUGCUGCCAGAGAGCGGCCUGCUCAUUGCAGUGUCCUGAGGACCGGGGGGACUUCUAGAAUCGUUGGAGCGGCAGCCAAUCAGCGUCCGGCAACGAGGAAACGCAGCAGCCAAUGCCUGUUUUAGAGUUUUACAGAUCCAGCCUCAGCGCUACAGCCUCUGACCUCGAAGCUAAAACAGCCAUGACCUUCCUAAUGCCGUCCCAUACACCAGCCUGCCCUCCACCGUACAACCUCUCCCAAGCUCCACCUUUACCUCCGUCUAGCCAUUGUUCCCGUUUCCGGGCAAUAUGCGCGCAGUAUAAUCUGCACCUUGAGCCUUACUGAACUCCCUUCCCCCUUUUCACCCAUUUGUGAUACUCCUUACCCUCCACCAGUAGUAUUAUUGUCUUUGAGUGAUACGGUCAGCAGUUUGCCUUGUCGUGUGUGUGCCAGAAAGUUGAUUGAAAUGUGGGCCGAGUGGUUUUUGAGUCAUGUGCAUCCUACUGAUGGAACUGGCUGAAGAUGCUUUUACACCACUGAUCUACAUACCACAUACAUGUAUCAGUGGCUUUCACCGGGUCGGGGAGCGUAUUACAGAAAGAUUUUAGUAUCAAACAUGUUUCAAAGGUUUCUAUAAUACACUCUCUCAUCUGCAUUUAAGAGCAUCGACUCAGAGCCAGACAGCUCGAGGACGAAAAAAAGGUGUUCGUGCAUGUUUAAAAUGGCUUGUGAGAGGAAUUCUGCACACACACAUGCACACAAAUACAGUUGCAAAAAUACAUCUUUUUGUGUGCGAUUGAACACAGCUCACUCCAAGACAAGUGUCACCUACUGCCACAGAAAUGCAAGUUACUCUUCAUGGCACUUUUGAGAACAAAGACAACUCUUUUUGCAAAUGCAAUGCAAAGAAAAAUGACAUCCACAAUGUAUCACUACACACGGUUGGAGAAUGUAUAUUAGGUAGGUUGUGUGCUAACUGUAUCUGUAUUUGUAAAGCAAGCUUGUGAAUGAUUAGUCAACUAUUAGCAAGAACGGUUCCAUUUAAGUACCAAACCUCCUCUUUUGAGUGUCAAAAGUUGUUUUAUUGGCAUUAAACUGCAAAAUCAAACAACAUUAUUAAGCUUUUUUUUUUUCUAAAAGAGAUGUUCAGGUACUCAAGUGGAACCAGGCUAAACACGCGUACUCACUCCUCUGUGGGAGUUCUCAUACGAGCAUGUGCAAUAAUGUUUCUUCAGUAUUUAUUCAUUUCUUCGCCAGACACUGGAUUAUUAUUCACAUGCAGCCAUGGUUUGAACACAGCCAGUGUUAUGAUUGUACUUAUUUCAUAAGUGUUAAUGCAUGAUAGAGAUGGUAAAUUGAAGUAUAAGCAAUGGUGCAGAAGAUUGCCAAUGCUUGCCAAAGUUUGACGUUUGAACUCUUCACUCUGACUUGCCUUAUCCAUGUGAAUGACACACGCAGAUCGGAUCAGCUGUGGAGUUUCCAGGGCACGUUUUCUGAGGGCCCUUGGAACCACAGAGAUGGUGACUGUUAGACAGCUAGUUCAGUUCAUUUAGAGCUGUGCAACUGAGAUGAACUCCUUUCUUCUUUUUUCUUUUUUCGGACCAAAACUCAACAAAGUGGACUUUUAACCCACAAGGGCAUAUGCUAUUGUCUUAAUGUUAUUUCUGUUGGUUCAGGCUUUCGUAGCAUUCCCAUGGCAAUGGCAACUGAGAUGAAGUUGUUACAAACGAUACAAACUUCGGCAGGUAACCGCUUGGCUUUUACUUCUGUAAUUUGUUCAUUUAUAGCAGUUGGACACGUUUUGCUUUAGUGUGUUUACUUGCUGGACAUUGCCAUCAUACGCUGUAAAUAACCUGCUUUCCUGUGUGAGCGUUGUGCGAGUGUGUGCUUGUGUGGGUGCGUUUGAGAACACUCAACAUUUUGCAUUCUGCAAAGUUGAUAUCUGGGUAGCUGUGCAAUAGCUCGAUAUAUUUUAUUUUGAUGUUAAACAUCAUUGUGUUAUGCGUUACUGGCUCAUUUCACCUCAUGCAGUGUGCAACUCAUAUACAGUGUGUGUUAGAUUAUUCCACUUUGAAGUUAUUAGUCACAUAGGCUGCAUCUGAUAAGAAAAUCACAAACUAUGCCUUUAUGAUAUUUAUGACACUGAUCAGCUAUAACUAAGCUCUGAGUGAUGUUGCUUUUCUUGCCUUUAAAUUUAAUCUGAGGGUUCGUCCGUCUACUCUCAGAGGUGGAAAUGGCCUUGAUCAAGCAUCUACCUGAGUUCUGCCAAAUUAGGUUUUGUGUGCGCUUUAGUCUUCAGGAAAAAAACAACAAAAAAAACGUUGCCAAGUAUUUCAGUGUAAGGGGAGAUGCUACUGGGAAAUGUCUCGAAGAGAUAAGCGUUAAAAACAAAGCCAGCUUCUGAAAUGAUUGUGAAAAUGUUUGAUAUUGGAUCCGCCGCAAAGCACCUUGUUUGAGUGUAAACAAUGAAUUUUGCUAUUUGUUAUGUAAAAAGGGAAUCAAAACGGGGGUUUCAAGCGAUGCAUUGUUGGUGUUGAGUUGCAUAUGUACUGUAUAUAGAGCUGAUUGAUGGAGCUGUUUUUUCCCCCCUGAGUUUGUGCUUAAAAAAGUAGAAAGUUGAUUCAGGAAUCAUAUGAAUCCUGUCUCUGGUGUGUUGUGGUAGGAAAUAUUAGCAAUGAAGGAUUUUGAGAAAGAAAAAUAAAAGACUUAAGUGCU